GUCGUUCGCUCUUCGGGAUACCGCGCGCGACGCUCAGUUUGUAUUCGGUAUUCAGCUCGAUUCCGUUCGGCAACGACGACAAAGACAUUUCCGGACGAUUGAAUAUCGAUAACAACGAUACGAAUCAUACGCGCAACAUAGAUCUUGACGUCUCGCGUCAAAGAAUUCGCCCACGUGAAGUUUGAUCCGAACAUAAAGUGGUGCGCAUUGUGCCAUUUAGUUGUCAAGUGGUUUAAAAAAAAAAAAAAAAAAAACGAAGAAAAACACGCGAAAAGAAGUCGAGAGACGCGAAUAAAGAUGCUGCCGCCGCGAAUACUCGGUCUGCUGGUGAUACUUCUCGCCGUACAAGGUUUAUGCAAACCAAGCAAGAAUAGCGACAUCGAGGAGAACGAGUACGAAGAUGACACGCCUAUCAAUGAUGAGGACGACGAUGACGAUGACGAUGAUAGCGAAAGAGAUACUAACGAGCCACCACCGGAAAUUUUAUCAUGGUCGCAGAGUAUUCGGGAUACAACCGGAUCUACGGUGAUAUUGCCUUGCAACGUUAAACACACAGACAAUUACGCAGUCGCGUGGUUGAAGGACGAUAAGUACUUAUAUUUCGAAUCGCAGCCGCAUGUGACAGAUCCGAAGAGAAUCGUGCGGAUGCCCAACAACAGUCUGGUGAUUUACAACGCGACGGUUAGCGAUUCGUCCGACUCUUACAGGUGCAGUAUCAUCAUUCGGAAAAAUUAUACCAUAGAUUUGAUUCAUCGUGUGCUGAUCGAUCCUAUGGACAAGGGAAUACGCGUGACACCGUCGAGACGGAUUAAUGUGGUCGAGGGCACUUCGACCAGAUUCGGCUGCGAGACGAAUAUUCAGCCUCCGCCUGAGAUCAAGUGGUUCAUAGAGACUAAAAAAGUAAGUAAUUACGAUCCCGAUUUGAAGCUAGAGGGAAAUUUCAUCACGAUAACAAAAGUGCACAGAUAUCACAGCGGUUUGUAUCAAUGUCUCGCCGAGGACGGCUCGAAAAAUCCAUUGUCAGAAGCGAUCAGAGUCGUAGUAUAUUACGCGCCGGAGGUAGAAGUGAAGAGAAAGAUAGUUCACAGCGGCAUUGGGGUCGAAUCGGAGUUGGCGUGCAUCGUGAGCGCCUAUCCGGAAGCAAUAAUGAAGUGGUACAGAAACGACAAGGAACUCACGCACAAGAAGAACGAAAUAGUAAUGCAUCACGGAGAGACAAACAAUCACAAGAUCAAGCAUGUUUUGAAAAUUACGCACAAUAAAUUACGGGACUUUGGCGAGUACAAAUGUCGCGCGGAGAAUCAUUAUGGCCAGAGCGAGAAAAUCGUCAAUCUCUCAGGUAUGCCUUCGCAAGCAAAAAUGUCUGGAGCCGAGGUGACCGAUGAUGACAGGGGAAUAAUCCUGAAGUGGACUGUGGAGAGUUAUUCGCCAAUCGUGGAAUUUAAACUACAAUAUCGUCGCAAAGAUGACGAACAAUGGAUUACUGUCAAUCCCGACGUUAAAGAUCAGAAGAAGAAAGGAAACCAAUACACUGUAAAACACCUAAUUAAAGAACUUCAGCCUGGAUCGUACGAGGCGAUUCUCACGGCUAGAAACGAAUUCGGAUGGUCUCCGCUGUCAGAGCCGCAUAUGUUUACUGGUGAUUACCCACCUGAGAUGGCACGGAAAGAAAACGCGGCAGCUACUCUUCGACCUACUUUUGGAACUCUUUUAACGUUGAUCCUAGUCGUUUUAUCUUGUGCCUUCACAAGCGUGUAACUUACUUAAUUCUGUAAACUACGUAGGUAAUUUGCUGCAGCCAAAGCAAACACCAGCAAACGCUAUGGUGGGUUCAUUAGUGUAGGAACACUUAGGAGAAACGCAAAUCACGUAACGCGCCUACUCGUUUUCAAGCUUGAUGUACAUAUCUCCAAUGAUGUACAUCUUUUUUUUCUAUAUAUUUUACACAUUGUUCAUUAUGUGAUAAAUAUCGUUUUUGUUUUCUAACGGGCAUUAGUUGUACAUCAAUGCAUUACUAUAUAGUCGACAAAUUGAUACGGUUUUUCACGCGAACGAAAUUUUCAUGUUGAUCAAAGUUUCCGAUCGGCACACAACUCUCGCCUAGGUGUUCCAUUGAGACGCGUUGUAAAAAAGAAAGAUGAGCAUUUGAAUUGUACUCCGUAUAAAAAAUCACACGAAUAAUUGUUAAGGGGUAUCGUACUUUAAAAUAUAUACAUAUACAUAUGUACGCAAUAGAAAGAUGCAUAUAUAUAUGUAUCUAUCACCGUCUCUAUAUGUUGCGCGUACACACGGAUGCGCACGCACGGAUAUACACAUGCGUGUGUGCUGCGUGUACGUGUGUAUGUGCACGUGUAACAUAGUAUUCACUGUACAUGCGUAAGCUCACACAGAGACACACAAUCAUAUUAUUAUAAUUUAUUUUUGUAUGCUUAAGAUUUAUUAGGAAACGUGUUCAAGGAUGUCGCUUGGUGCCAUGUACACGUAUCUACUCUUUUUCGAAGAAGUAUGUGUGUAAAGAUACACGGCAUCCCACAAUCUCUUUGUCGUUUUAAAAGUGCACGCGUGCGGAAAAAGGCAUGUACCUAAACUAUGUGCUAUAGCGGGGAGACAUAUAAAUGUUAUAUAUAGAGAAUAUACAUUAUAUCGCGAGAUAAAACGCGGCCGUGUGGUAUAACCGAGUCGACGCAGAGAGUAAGAGCUGGGAGUAAACAUACCACGCAAUACUUUGCGCGAGAAUUUAUGCAUUAAACGUUACGUCCACGUUCUUCCGUAUGUUUGCUUCCAUCGAAAGUAAUUUUUUUUUUUUAUCUUAUCUUAUUUACAUCUCGAAUGUGUGCAGUGCGUGCGUGCGACGAAUGACUGACGCGAGAAUAUGCAAGAGAGCGAUGUUCUAUAGUGUUUUUUUCCAUAGUUUGCUAACAUUUAGCGCUAAUAUGUUGUUAUAUUGGUUUAUAUAAUUAAUGUUACACACAUUUACACACGCAGUACUUCUACGCACAAGAAACAAAAGUAAUUUGCGUAAACAUCUGCCCAUUCUUAUAAAACUUAUUUGACAUGUAUAAUAUAUAAAAUACAGAACAUUAUAUACAA